AUGGAGUAUGCGUAUAAUUUUAAAGUGGAAGAUGUUUUGAUGCAUUUUGGAGUUAAUGAAUCUCAAGGACUGUCCUCAAAAGAAGUUUUUCUUGCACGUCAAAAAUAUGGAAAAAAUGAAUUAGAAAGAAGUCCUAACAAACAAUUGUGGACCUUAAUUUUAGAGCAAUUCAAAGACAAGCUUGUAAUUAUCUUACUUAUAUCUGCAUUCAUAUCUUUUAUUUUGGCACUUUUAGGGGACGAUAAAAAUCAUACAGACUUUAUAGAUCCAUUAGUUAUUCUUACUAUUCUUGUUUUAAAUGCAAUUGUUGGUAUCUCUCAAGAAACAAAUGCAGAAAAAGCAAUUACUGCUUUACAAGAAUAUUCACCACAUGAAGCAAAAGUCAUUCGAAAUGGAAAAUCAUAUCGUAUUCAUGCAAAAGACCUUGUCCCAGGGGAUAUUAUAGAUAUUUCUGUUGGGGAUAGGAUUCCCGCUGAUUGUCGUUUACUCAGAAUUAAAAGCAACCAUUUUCGUGUUGAACAAUCUAUUCUUACAGGCGAAUCUGAAAGCGUAGAAAAAUAUACAGAUGAAAUUCUUGUCUAUAACCCUACUAAACAAGAUCAAACCAAUAUGCUUUUUGGCGGAACAACAGUAACUACAGGCCAUGGACGUGCUAUUGUUGUCCUGACAGGGCAUUCAACAGCAAUCGGUAGUAUCCAUCAAAGUAUAACCUCUCAAAUAUCUGAAUUAACUCCACUAAAAUAUAAAUUGAAUAAAUUUGGGGAUAUGCUUGCUAAGAUGAUUUCUAUAAUUUGUGUUUUAAUUUGGAUUAUUAAUAUUAAAAAUUUUAAUGAUCCUUUGCAUCAGGGAUUUUUAAAAGGUGCUAUUUAUUAUUUUAAAAUUUCAGUAGCAUUAGCAGUUGCUGCGGUUCCAGAAGGGUUGUCUGUUGUUAUUACUAUUUGCCUUGCUAUAGGAACUCGAAAAAUGGCAGAAAAAAAUGCUAUAGUCCGUAAUCUUUCAAGUGUUGAGACAUUAGGAAGUACAAGUGUUAUUUGCUCAGACAAAACAGGAACCCUGACUACAAAUAUGAUGUGUGUAUGUAAGAUUGUCAUUUUAGAACAGGAUGAAUCACUUUUAGAGUUUAAUAUUGAAGGAGUUAAUUUUAAUCCGUUUGGAAACGUUUAUUUAAAUGAUGGAAGCAUUAUAAAAUCACCAGCAUCUAUUUAUAAAGGUAUUAAAUAUCUUGCAGAAAUAUGUUCAGUCUGUAAUGACGCAAAAAUAAUAUUUGAUUCGAAUUUAAACACUUAUACUAGAAUUGGAGAACCAACAGAAGCAGCUUUAAAAAGUUUAGUUGAAAAAUUAGGAACUGAUAGUCAAAAUUUAAAACAUAAGCAUAAUUUGCCUUAUAAUGAUAAUGCUAAUUCAUGUAAUGUCUACUACAAUAAUUUAUUACCGCGUCUUAAAACUUUUGAAUUUUCAAGAGAUCGUAAAAGCAUGUCUGUUGUUGUAGGAAGUAUAGAAUCAUAUCGUCUUCUUGUUAAAGGCGCACCUGAAGCAAUAUUAGAGCGUUGCAACUAUACUAUAAUUGGAAAAUCUGGGCAAAAAAUAUUAUUAACAACAAAAAUUUUAUCUAAAAUUAACAAAAAGAUAAUAGAAUAUGGUUUAAAAGGAUUAAGAAUUAUGGCAUUUGCUCAUGUAAAUUCAAAAGAUCUUAAAAUAUCGCCAUUCCAAGCAAAUCCAACAGAUAAUUACAUAGAAUAUGAACAAAACAUGACAUUCAUUGGAUUAGUUGCAAUGCUGGACCCCCCAAGACCUAAAGUAGCAGAUUCAAUAGCAAAAUGUCAAGCAGCUGGCAUACGAGUUAUAUGUAUAACAGGUGAUAAUAAAAAAACAGCAGAAACUGUUUGUAAACAAAUUGGAAUUUUUAAAAAAGAUGAAAAUUUAGAUGGAAAAAGUUAUACUGGUCAAGAAUUUAACAAUUUUCCUCUAAAUAAACAAUUAGAAGUUAUUAAACAUGCUAAGCUUUUUUCACGUACUGAACCAAAUCAUAAAGUACAGUUAGUAAAAUUACUUCAACAAACUGGGGAAACUGUAGCUAUGACAGGUGAUGGUGUAAAUGAUGCACCUGCACUAAAAAAAGCGGAUAUUGGUAUUGCUAUGGGCUCUGGAACAGAUGUUGCUAAACUUACUGCUGAUAUGAUUUUAACAGAUGAUAAUUUCUCAACCAUUGAACAAGCUAUUGAAGAAGGAAGAGCAAUUUACAAUAAUACACAACAGUUUAUUCGAUAUCUGAUCUCAUCAAAUAUUGGAGAAGUUAUGUCAGUUUUUCUAACAGUUUUACUGGGUAUUCCAGAAGUACUUAAACCAGUACAAUUACUCUGGGUCAACUUGGUUACAGACGGGUUACCUGCUACUGCACUCUCAUUUAAUCCUAUAUCUCACAAUAUAAUGAAAAUGCCUCCUAAAGAUAAAAACGAACUCAUAGUGAACAUGUGGUUGUUUAUUAGAUACUGUAUAAUUGGUAUAUAUAUUGGGAUUGCAACAAUAUUUGGUUAUGCUUGGUGGUUUAUAUAUUAUUCUAAAGGACCAAAAAUUGCUUUUCAUCAAUUGUCACAUUUUCAUCACUGUUCCGACGUCAACCCUUGUGACUGGUUCAAUAAUUACACAUCAUAUAAGGCUUCCACAAUGUCUCUAUCAAUACUUGUUGUUAUUGAAAUGAUGAAUGCAGCAAAUGCUUUGUCACAAACGGAAAGCUUAUUAUCUCUUCCCCUAUGGACUAACAUGAAACUUAUAUAUGCUAUACUCUUAUCUUUAUUUUUACAUUUCAUUAUUCUUUACGUACCAUAUUUGCAAAAAAUAUUCUCAAUAGUACCUUUAAAUUGGACAGAAUGGCAAACAGUAAUUUUUAUUAGUUUACCUAUAAUAUUUAUUGACGAAUUCCUCAAGUUCUCAGAAAGAUUAUAUAUACAGCAUUCCUCAAGUAAAAAGGCUUAA